AUGGACAGAGACUGUCCCGGAAUCGUCGGUACCACUCCCGACUACCCCGGGUUUACGCCGCAAGCCCCUCGCAUCUUCAAAUCAUUUGCUCAACAAUUGAACACGCCGCAGAGCGAGGAUUGUCUACAUCUGAAUGUGUGGAUCAGGCCGAGCGACGCCCGGAAGCCCGUUCUUCUAUUCAUCCAUGGUGGCCGUUUCUCCCUGGGUGGUGCCCAUAGUCCCUACUACGAUGGGCAGGCGCUGGCCGAUGAGAAGGAUGUAGUCGUAGUAACCUUCAACUACCGCCUCAAUAUCUUCGGAUUCUCCGGCGCUCCAGGGUUUCCCCAGAACGUCGGACUUCUGGACCAGCGGAUGGCCGUAGAAUGGGUGCAUCGAAACAUUGCAGCUUUUGGCGGCGAUCCCAAUCGUAUCACGAUCUUCGGGCAGUCGGUUGGUGGGUCCUCGGUCGACUACUACUCGUAUGCAUGGACCGAGAAGCCACUGGUAAACGGCCUCAUCUCACACUCCGGAACCGCACUCAGCUUUGAGCCUAACUCUGCCAAUCUAUCGGCCAGCUAUUUCUUCCACGUUUCUAAAACGCUAGAUUGUGGUGACGCGCAAACAGAAACCGAGAAAGUCGUCCAGUGUAUCCGCCACAAACCCUUCCAAGAAAUCCUGAAAGCCGUCGCAAAGGUCCCUCCCGCCGAUUCCCCAACACUCCCUCAGCCCGUUUUCCAUCCAACCGUCGACGGCGUCACAGUGUUCGAUGACUAUCCUGCGCGCUCAGCAGCAGGCCAAUUCAUCCACAUACCAUACCUUUUCACAAUGACCGACAGAGAAUCUGGCUAUUACCGCAUCAACGCCUUCACAGCCAACAUCUCUCGAUCAGACGCCGUCUGGGACCGCUUUAAUCUAGCCGCCUUCACUUGCUCGACCGGCCAAGCAGCCGCCGAUCGCGUAUCCCACGGCGUGCCGACCUGGCACUCGCGCUAUCUUGGCGACUGGCCCAGUCAGCGCCUGUACCCGACCAGUGGGGCUUAUCACGGCAGCGACCUGCCCUUGCUCUUUGGAACGACCGAGGAGGUGACUGGGCUGCCGCCCAGCGUUAACCAGCAUCGCUUUUCAAUGUAUAUGAUGUCGGCGUGGGUGGCUUUUGUGGCUGAUCCGCAUGAGGGUCUGAGUAGGCUUGGGUGGCCGGAGUACAAACCGGGUGCAAAAACGUUGGUCGGUCUGGCUCAUCACAAUGGUGCUACUGCUAGAUUGCUUAAUCCAGAGGAUUUUCAGAAGGAGUGUGCGUCGCUCAAUGCGAAUGGGGAACCCGAUAUUGAGCGAAUCGACCCCGACGGAGAUGUCAUUCUUCUAGUUAAAGGGCCGACGAGUACGGCGCGGUUUCUGGUGUCAUCGAAGAUCCUCAGCAUGGCCUCCCCAGUGUUCGCCAAUCUAUUUAGCCCGAAAUUCUCGGAAGGUGCGCAGAUGGCAAGCUGCAGCUGCCCUACAAUAUCCCUUUACGAAGACGACUCGGCAGCCAUGGGAACCAUCAUCAGCAUCCUGCAUUUUAGGGGACCUCCGCAGGGAGACGCGAUGAGUGCCCAGGACUUCGCCAUGCUUGCAAUCCACUGCGACAAGUACGACUGUGUCAGGGCACUCUCGCCCUGGACGUUCAGAUGGUUCAACGAUCUUCGAUCUAUCACGAAUGCAAAGGACUACGGCUACCUCCUGCUUGCGGCGCACUUCUUUCGGUCCUCAGACGAGUUUAGCCGAGUAUCUGUAGAGGCCCAGAUACAGCUCUCAUCUGAUUUCUCUGCUACCUGGGAAACAGUAGAUAUGUUAGACCUCUUACCCUAUGGGGUCCAAGAUAAACUCACGAGCGAAAUCGAGCAACUGCUAGAGAAAAUGCACUCAGAAGUUCAGGCCAUGGAGGGCGUCCUGCGAAACAAAAGAAAAUGCUACCUCACGCCGCUGUUUCUAUGCACGAACUGCGGGAUCAGCCACGACAAGAUGGCGAUCAAAUGCUAUUCCUGCAAAAACACCAACUUGCUGGACAUAUACUGCACUAGGGAGUUCCGCAUUGCCGAAUAUUUUGCGUUGUUAGGAAAAUCGGGCCUAUGGCCUUCGCUGGAGCCGUUUCAACGCUGUUCCGCAAUAGAGAUUGUGUCAAAGGUUUCGCAGAUAAAAAUCCAUCUCAGGCACGAUUGUCGAGCUGUUUCCUGUCCCCUGGAGUCGGUGUUGAACAUGUUACUCAGUAGCGUCAACAGACUUGUUGGUGCUGUUACUGGGCUGGACCUGUAUCCUCUUCAUCAGACCUCGGAGGUUGAGAAGUAG